UUAUAAAUUGUGGCCCGCUCGCUCUAGUACUCAACAAUGAACAAUGUGUAGGGGUACUAAAUACAAAUUGGUCGUAUAUAUGUAUAACAUACAGGAAAGAGCCGAGUUUAGAGAAGAAGUAGAUCAAAUCGAAUCAUAAUUUGGAGUUUCACUUGAAAAUCAAAAAAAUGAUAAAAGCGGUGAUAGUGAUGAACACUCAGGGAAAACCUCGCCUCACAAAAUUCUACGAUUCUAAGCCUCCAGAUAAACAGCAGGAGCUGAUUCGUACUCUCUACUCAGUAUUGUGCAACAGGCCUGAUAAUGUCAGCAAUUUCGUCAAUGUUGAUUCCAUUUUUGGUCCGGAUUCUCGACUUGUAUACAAGCAUUAUGCAACCCUUUACUUUGUAUUCGUGUAUGACAGUGCUGAAAAUGAGCUAGCAAUGCUAGAUUUAAUACAAGUUUUUGUUGAAACUUUGGACAAAUGCUUCAAGAAUGUCUGUGAGCUUGACAUAGUGUUCAAUUAUGGCAAGCUUCAUACUAUUGUAGAUGAGAUUAUUUUUGGAGGCCAAGUAUUAGAAACUAACUCUGCAGAGGUUAUCCGGGCUGUUGAAGAAAUUUCAAGGUUAGAAGCAUCUUCUACCACCAACAGUUUUGUCCCAAAGUCAGUUUCUACCUGGCGGAGGUGAAAGUGUGAGCUUUUGAUGAUUGAGCAAAUCUACUUUAUUCAAUGUCCAAGUUAUAACUAAUGUGGCCUCUUCGCCAGUGGACUCUCUCUUCGAGAUGUGGUUUAACAAGUGCUUAAUAGUGUUAUUACUUGUUUUAAUUUGUGGUUGUAUUGUAUAGAAACUAUGCUACGAGCUUAAAUUAGCUAUUGCAAGAGAGUACAUUAUACGAGUAAAAUGAAUUACAUUCCUAAAGUUUAAGGUAAAUGUAAAAUACAUGAAAAUACUCUCAUUUGUACAACGUUGAAAUGGUGCCAAUGUGCCAUGAACGGGAAAAUUAGAAUAUAAUCCAGGUUAAAUCAUAGAA